AUGGCUACCAAUCGUUCUCUUCCAUUUAGUUCCAUAUCCAUUCAGCAACAAAUUGGUCGUUUCUCGCAUACUAAGGAAAGGGCGUCCGUCCUCAAUGAGAAGAAACAGAAGAGGUUAGAUGCCCUCAAGAAGAAGCUGAGGCAGAAGCAAACGAAAGCAGUUCUCGUGGAUAAUCCAUACGGUCUGCCUCGCAAAUUUGCAAUCCUCAUCGGGGGACACAAGGCCGUCAAGAAUAUCAAGGAUGCGCAACGGUUCUUGUAUGAAGGCCAUACAGUCCGAUUUCCAUCUUUUGGUCGAGCGAAUCAUGGCCUAUGGAUAAACAACUCAUGGAUAUCGCCAGAAAACGUCAACGUUUCUACAGACAAGAUGGUCUACACUUUCACGGGAAGUCUGAACGAACAGGAUGGUGGAGGCGUGAUCCAUGGGCAGAUGAAUUUUCUCUCUUCGAGCGGCGUUCUGAUUCACAACAACAAAGACGUUUACGCCAUUCUACUCCAACCAUAUGCGACCACGUAUUCCAUCGCCGUUUCCGCGAACGCGGGAGCCGUCUUCUCGUCGGGCAAGAGCGAAUUGACCUGGGAUGUCACGUCCGCGUCUUGGAAGAACGCGACGUGGGAGGUGAACGCAGGAUUGUUCGCCUUCGACACCGUCAGCAACGAUGAUCCUAUCCAGCCAAUGCAAGUUGUUGAGCUAGGGAUAACGGACAGCAAGUCAGGGAGCCCAUCCGUCCCACCCACAUUCGAUUUUGGUCUUCCCGCGAAGGACUCGCCAGGACAGUACAUUGCCGUCUUCCAGGAGAAUAACGAUAUGACAAGCUACCUCAGCGUUCGUGUUCGAGACCCCGCAGUCAUCCCACCUCCCUCAUCGAAGCGUGUUUCGAGCGCUGUUUCAAGUAUUUUCCCUCUCCUUCUAUUCAUUGACUUCGACUCAAUGGGCGAAACGUUUGUCGGGGCAUACGCCGACGCGAAGCAGGAUGUAUACGCAAUCAGAGGACAGCACACACCCUCCAUGAUAUCCUCGCAGCGUUCCUUCAUAACUUCAUCCUUCCUUUCCUCAGACACCCUCCCAGAGAACAUUGACAAGCCUAUCUCUUCGGUCGCCCACUUGGGAUUCACGUUGGUCGAACCCAUCCGCGGCCCUUUCCUCACCCUUUCAUCCCCAUCCUCCAAUCUUAAUCUCAUUGGUCUCCUCAACCUCAGCCCAAUGCGCCAGAACGCUGACGGUCAGUGGUACGACGCUGUCACGAAGCUGAUGCUCAAGGAUCUCGAAUUCGGCAUACUGAAUUUCAUGGACGAGGACCUGUAUCAUACCUUCGUUGGUGGGCCUCCUCCAAACCUCCUCCCCGAGAUCAGGAACAUUCUCCACAACGACCCGCUGAACAAUGCCAAGUUCUACAAUAGCCUCCAAGUACCGUUCCUCGUCGCAUCCCUCUCGACUUCGUCGCUGCCUGCAGCACAGCAUCUGAAUGGAGUCAGAGCCUCCAAGGUUCUUCGAGAGAUUCCAGCGAACGACCCGGUGUACCAAGCGCAAAGCACGAUGCUGUACGCAUUUCGGUGGAAGCAGAUGUAUCCGGUCAUCCAGGCAUAUCUUGAUGACCAAGAAGGAAAUGACUAUGGCGAGCAAAUUACGGCGGCGGCGAACGUGCUGAAGGAGCAGCUUGCAGAUCGAGUGAAAGGCAUCCCGGACAUCACAGGUGAUUUGACUAAGAACCUAGCGUUGGCUCAGAAGAGCAUUGAGGAGCUCGAGAAGUGGGCCUUGGAGUACAACCUGUACUGGGCGUUCAUGCUCAUGUACUACACCGAGACCCAUUAUCUUCCCUACUUGCACACCAAGAUGUCCAGCGGCCGACUCGCGGCCGAGGUGGCCAUGGAGCUGAAGACUCUCGGUGCGGUGUUCGGGCUGUUGGAGGGUAAUCGAGUCAAUCCUGCUGGCAAGACAUUCCAGGCGAAUUUCAACGAGAAGCUCCGAGCGUUUACACUUACGGUCGUCCUGCCUCAGUACGUUGACUGUCAACGAAAUUCUGUCGAGAUUGUCGGUCUUAUCGACAAGGUGGGAUCAUCUUUCGUUGAGACGUAUAGGGCGUCCGUCGAUCCUUUUGUCACAGCCAUUCUCUCCAAUCUCAAAGGGCUGGUCACGGGAAAAGAGGUCGUCAACAACUUCAUGCGUCUGCUGACAUCGGCCACCACCGCAGCUGGUUAUUUUACAGGCUGGCCUGGGACGGUAUCAAACAUGAGAAGGUUGUGCGAGCACGACGAUUGGUACACGCAGCUUGUCAAUGGCGAGGCCGUGUUCAACUCAUUCAUGCUUCUCACUGCGUCCGUCUCGAUUAUCUUGCCCUCGUUUCUAAUAAAGAGGACCAAGUUGGACAACAUCGUGGAAGCUUGCACAAAGUGCUUCUUCAUCACCAGCAUUAAGCUCGGGCAAGGCAUCCUUCAGGUGGAUACUUUCUACGACGACAUAACACCCUGGACGACCAGUAACCAAAUGCUUUUCGAGAGUGAAGAGUUCGUCGAUGGCUUUGGCCCACAAGCUCUUGAGCUACAAGAUGGAUUCAGCCGCUGGCUGAUUGGAACAACGAAGGACAAUCUUAUCUUGGAUGGCCCUCAAAUCCCUCUCAUCGCUCAGAUUUUUGGCAAGAAUGCUUCGUUAUGCCUAUCAAGGAGUCUUGGGAGUGUCGUGGCUCUCGCCAACAUUGCGUUGGCAGCCUGGAACCAUACCACUGGGCCCAAUCCUCUCAUAACGUUUAAGAAUGACCUAGGUAUCCUUUCGCACUCACUCGCAGUCAUUGGUAGCGCCGCUGGCUUUAUCUCGGGAGGUAGUGUUCUGUCGUCGGAAGCUGGCACCGUAGCUGUGCUGCAGAUGGUUUCGAGUGUGAUGGGCCCGUUAAGCGUGGCUUUUGCUGUUGCUGGACUCGUCGUUUUAAUUGCUUCUGAGUUCAAACCUCAACAGCCUCUCGGCCCGUUGAGUCGCUUCAUCGAGAGUUUCGUCAAGAAAGCAGGUCUCUACAUGGAGAAUAUCGCAGUGGAUCACUUCAGGGUUAUUCCAGCUGGCGGCCCGAGCACCCCAUCCUUGGAAGGUGUUUCCUUGAAGCAAGGGGCAGCGUAUAUCAGCAUUACGCAUUCACAACUGGAUCUCAUCAAAGGCUCCGUCGAGCUCGCCAAACAGUUCUCCUACUUGCCAAAUACUUGCCUCAAUUUGGAUACCGACACCAAUGGUCUAACGACAGUUUGGACAUUCGCAACAAGAACAGGAGCAAAGUUAUAUCUUGCAAUCGAUGAAACCGGAUCGGUGGUCGCCCUACCUAUGCCAAACAAGGUGCGGUCCAACCCCAAGGGAGAUACCACCCCAGUCGAUCCUGCUGUGUACACAAAGCAACUGAGGCAACGACAGUGGGAGUUCGUGGGCCUCGAGAAAGGGUCAUACGUCACAAUUCGAGACAUACUGUACCUCAAAUCAUCAACCUACACCAUCCGGUCAGCAUACACCAAUGGAUACCUCUCCAUUGACAAAAACGGGCGACCUUCGUUAAGUUCAUCGACAACGAAGUGGGUCUGCGAGAUGCAGCCCCUUGCACCGGGCAAGCUGGCAUAUUUUCCCGAGUCAUGGAUCUUGUACACCACCUCGCGCGACGAAUGUAUUGCGCCGACCAUGGACUUCCCCGGAUCUCAACCCCUCACAUGGUCGAUCUCGCCUCCUCUGCCGCUGGGACUCCACCUGGCGACACACCAUCCUGAUGGCGGAAAGAUUCUUAUCCUCCCUGGCCGAGCACCCUCUCACACCCCAUCGACGACGUAUACUGUGGGUGCGAGCAUCGCUGUUGAUAGUCGGAGGUUCGUGCAGACUGCCACGGUUGACAUCAAGGUCAGAAAUGCUCCUGGAAUGCUCCAUCUAGGACAGAGUCACGUACUUGUCACCACAGCUGCAACUAGUAACAUCUCGCCCGAGCCUGACCAGCAGGGGAUUUUUCCGUCUUUCCCGUCCGUCAUGAGACAGGUCGCAGUUGGCGAUGCCAUAGAUGCAACUAUAGCGGGAGCACAAGUUGACCCAGCACUUUUCAGUUACAUGCAACUUCCUGUCGCGUUUGAAGAACACCCUGUCACGCUGAUGGCCGUGAACUUCUUAGUGAGGACAAUAUCGGGACCACUUUAUGGAGGAAAAGUCGCAGCGGUUGGCUCCUAUCCAGCUUUUGAUUUAGAUCGCAUCUUCAGUUACCCUCCGUACCUUGAUACGGUAAUUCAGUGGGAUUAUAUGGCCUACUGUGAGGCGCUCGUGGUGAAGGCGAUUUGGAACAGGAACGACUUCAUUCAUCCCUGGAUCAGCCUCAGCAAGACGGAUGACUACCUUGCCAUAUUAACCACAGUUUUCUACAAUUCUGCCGCCGUGUUCUACGCCGCGUACCUCGGAAAGCAUUUUGGUCUUCGCCCAUCCCUUGCCCUCGCCCAAGCCUAUAAGCAGACACUUCUUAGUUCCGGCUGGAGGUCCGUCCGUAAAGCUGAGCAAGCCCAAGGUACAUGGACCCAGCCCUCGCUCGAGAUGUAUCUGCACUUCGUCCGGUGCCUCGCGUGCGGAAUGUCCGAGUCCGACAUCGACGACAUUUACUGCAACCUGACCACCGUCGAACCGAGGCUCAACCCAGGUGGAUUCGCUGAUAUCACUCCGACAACUUGGCGGCAAUACAAGGGCUGGAUUUUCGCUGGCCAGUUCGAUGGCCCGCAAGUAGAUCCAACAGUUUUGGAUAGAACUGGAAAGAAUUGGGAUGCCGUCAAUGUCACGCUCGCGCGGCGCUACAUUCGUGAUUCCAUGUUCAGCUGUGAUCCAGAUUCAUCAUGCUUUACUGGAAAUACCUUUGUGGUCAUGGCAGACGAUAGUUUAAGGCGGAUUGACAGUAUCAAGAAAGGGGAUGUCGUGAAGUCGAUGAAGGCGGACAGUGGGGAAGAGUUGAAGAGGGAGGUUGCGUUCAUCUCCACACCCCGACGUGGAAACAGAUCCCUAUUUUCGAUUGACGGGUCUGAGUGGCUUGUCACUGCUACGCAUCCAUUCAUCCAGAGGCAAAACCGAAGCUUCAUUGUGUCGUUCGUUGACGAAAGCCGUGCGAAGGCAACGAAUCCGACUUGGCUUGCGUACCCUGGUGGCAGCCUGUCUGAUGGGACUAUACAUGCGCAUACAAUUACCCAAUACUCUACCAAUGCUACCAAAGCGAACGACGUGCUCUACGAUCUCCUCUUCGACAGCGCAGACGCGAACGAUCUCGGGCCGCAUUGCUACACAGUGACAGAUGGGCACGUGUCGACGCUCGUUGCAAGUGAAGCGCCAGCUGCACAUGCAUUCCCUCCCAUGACAGCCUUCGUAGCAGGUUUCCUCUCGAGCGCUGCUAGUGUCUUGGACGUCGUUGCCCACGUACUCGACGAUGGACAGGAAGUGCUGGACUUGGCCGGCCUGGUGGAUAGCUGUGGAGAAGAGGCAUACACGACUACUAGCAAAAGGGUCGUUGAUGAUAAAGACAGCUUAAUGCCUACCAUGUCAAACAUCCUGUCGAGUUCAUCCGAGUUUAAGCAAGAGGUCGCCGACGCGGUGGAGAUGGGCAUUGGCGCCGUUGGUUUGAAGCUCUUGUCCGACAUUGGAUGUGGAUGGAGGUAUGCCGACGAUAAAGCAUCCAGGGUGCAGAAUGUGCUUGUCGCGCAGAUGCUCCAUUUCAACGACGCCAACUUUGCCUCGAAGUUCGACAGUGGAGGCCCGCUUAAAAUCCUUCUCGACAGGAUUCCAUUCGAAAUCCCAGCAAAGAAUAUCAUCCGGAACGGGCCCUGUCUUUUGUCAUUCAUUUGUGUUACCGACAUUGGACAGCCCGACAACGCCACCUUCCCUAUCUCCGUUGCAAAUACAUGUGGAGACGUUCUCGUUGGACGCGUGGCGCUACUGGACACCCGCGACCCAUCGUUCGUGAUGUUGUGGGAUGAACAGUAUAACUCUGUCAUGGGUUCCUUGAUGAUUCGUCUCUGUAAAGUAGGCAAGGCAGGUUUACUCGCUGUCGCAGGUUGGAAUCUUGGGGCUUCUGUGGCUUUUGGUCAAGUUCUUGGUUCGAUCUUAGGAAAGAAAAUUGCUCAUGAUAAAUGUCCACUUCGGUCACAUCAGUCUCUCGUCCUGUCCACCACCGCCACCACAGCAAAGCCCCCCAGCAUGCUCGCAAGAUCCGACGUUGAGUCUGGCGUCGCCGGCGCCGAGACAGAGGCUCUACUACCCACCACAAGACCGGAGGUGGACAUUCCUUCACCAAAGUCAUCGAAGUUCUCGAAGUCUUGCAGUCGAGAACCGAAAUUCGGUGUCCUGCACGUUUCAGCAGCGUUUGUCCUCGGUUCGAUCGCUUGUCUUGUCGCUCAGUACGCACUGUGUGGGACAGGAUGCUUUUCCAGGCCCACAACAUCCUCCAACCACCACGGGAGCGAGGAGAAUAGAGUGUCUGUGUUUGCACCGCCCUAUGUCGGUUCCACUGAAGUACACAAUUUUCCUCCAUCGAAACCGACGAAUGCCUACCCGUCUCUCUUUCCUUCGAAUGUAGGGUAUGCAGGAGGGACACCGACCGGCGCCGAGGCCGCCGUCAUCGAGACCGCGCCAGCAUACCCUUUGCACACAGGCCAGUGUAAUCACCAGCUCUUACGACCCACAGAACUCGGGGGAGAGGCGAAGAAGGAGGGUGACUCGAUGAAACAUGGCAAGGGCAAGAAGAAGAAGUCUAAGUUCAAUCUAUUCCACAGCUGGGGCAACCUAUCACCAUGGUUUAGCAUCGAACGGGGGAAGUUUGGUGUGGAUUCGGGGCCAGAGACCCCUGAGACGUGUCGGGUGACUGGACUGCACUUCUUGCAUCGGCAUGGAGCAAGGUACCCCACCGCUUGGGCGAGUUACGGUGGCCCGGCCAAUUUUGGCACGAAACUGCAUCGUGACCCAGCGUCCUGGAACGCGAAAGGCUCACUAGACUUUUUGAACGAUUGGACAUACAAGUUGGGCGAAGAGCUUCUAACACCGUUUGGAAGACAGCAACUACACGACCUCGGUAUCUCGAUGCGCAUGAAGUAUGGCUUCCUCCUCCAGAACUUCACUGAGAAGAACACGAUUCCGGUAUUCCGGACCGAGUCCCAGGAUCGUAUGCUCGCCUCGGCCAUGAACUUCGCUAUCGGGUUUUUCGGAUACCCCUUCGAUGGCCAAUACCAGCAGAGCAUCACCAUCGAGGCCAAGGGAUUCAACAACACCCUUGCUCCGUACAAGACCUGCCCGAAUGCGAGCGACAAGUCCAAAGCGAGCAGGGGUGACUGGUACAUCGCGCGUUGGGCGGAGAUCUACCUCAAUGAUGCGCAGAAGCGCCUGCAGAAGGACCUUGACGGCCUGGACCUAUCGAUCCAGGACGUGUACACCAUGCAACAGCUGUGCCCGUACGAGACGGUCGCGCUGGGAUACUCCAAGUUCUGCGAGCUAUUUACGGAGGAGGAGUGGGACGGGUUUGACUACGCUCUUGACCUCCAGUUCUGGUACGGUUCCGCAUUUGGCUCGCCCGUUGCACGUACGCAAGGCGUUGGCUGGCUUCAGGAAUUCGUUGCGCGACUGACACAUACCCCAAUCCAAACGCACAACUCGAGCACGAACUCGACCUUGGACGACAACCCUAUCACGUUCCCACUCGGCCAGAGCUUGUACGUCGAUGCCACCCAUGAGGUCGUUGUUCUCAACAUUAUCACCGCUCUGAACCUGACGACGUUCGCCGAGACGGGUCCGCUGCCAUACACGCAUAUUCCGGAGAACAGGUCGUUCAAAGUAGCAGAGCUCGCACCGUUUGCGACCAACCUUCAGUUCCAACUCCUUGAGUGCACCUCCGUCCCCGGCCCGCAGAUCCGAAUCAUCAUCAACGACGGCGUCGCCCCACUGACGGGCAUCAAAGGCUGCCCGGAGCAGAAAGAUGGGAUGUGCCCUCUGAGUACGUUCGUGGAAGCACAGAAGGAGAUCAUCAGAGAGGUGGACUGGGAGUGGGACUGCCACGGUGAUUGGGAGGUGCUACCAGGAACGGAAUGGGAGACGGUCAGAGGGUCGCCGCCGCCUAAUCCGAAAUUAAGCAUGCAGUGGUAG